AAAAGUAUUUCACCAUUCAGUUGGCCUUAUAUAAACGUAGACAAUUCAACGCAGUUUAGUCGCAAAUCAUACGCCUGCAGCUGCACACAAAAAACUCCGAAGAUGUCUUACAAAGUCGAAACCAUUCCCACCGGUGAUGUCUUGAUCGGUGAGGGCCCACACUGGGAUGUUGAAACUCAAAGCUUGUAUUUUGUUGAUAUCGAUAAUGCCAUUAUCUUGCGUUACGAUUACAAAGAAAAUAAAACCUACUCCGCCAAAGUAGAAGGUGAAAAUUGCACUUCCUUUAUUAUACCCGUCGAAGGUGAGAAUGGUAAUUUCGCUGUCGGUUGCGAUCGCAACGUGGCCAUUGUUGCCUGGGAUGGUGUGUCGACGAGUGCCAAAGUUGUGCGAAAUGCCUACGAAGUGCAAACGAAGUUCGAGUUGAAUCGUUUGAAUGAUGGCAAAGCUGAUCCACGUGGUCGUCUUAUUACGGGCACGAUCUACAAACAUCCAAAAGAUAUGUUCUCAACACGUAAUUGUGAACUGUAUAGCUUUGAGAAGGGCAAACCAGUAGCGCUGAUUAAAAGCGAUGUUGGCCUUUCGAAUGGCAUGACAUGGAAUGAGAAGGCGGGCAAAUUCUAUUUUGUCGAUUCGUUAGAUUACGAUGUUAAGGAGUAUGAUUACGAUUUAGAAACUGGAGUGGCAACCAACCCGAAAAUAGUCUUCAAGCAUGCCUCACAUUUACCUGACGGCGUGACCAUUGACACUGAGGGCAAUAUUUACAUUGCCACCUACACCGGACACACGGUCUAUAAGGUGAAACCCAGCACCGGCGAGGUACUUUUGGAAAUUAAAUUUCCCUGCAAGCAAAUCACCUCUGUUGCUUUUGGUGGUCCCAAUUUGGAUAUUCUGUAUGUGACUAGCUCUAGACUGGAUGAUCAGCCACCACCAUCAGGUAGCACUUUCAAGGUGACCGGUUUGGGUGCUAAGGGCUUGCCAAUGACAAAGGUGCGAGUCUAAAACGUUCGAUCAGCCCAAUGUGAGCUGGCUGCUGAUUAGGAUGUUGUUUUUGUUAUAAUUUUUGUAAGUUUUUAAAUAAAUGAGUACGUAAAAUAAUAA